CUAAAUACUCUGUCUUUGGCAGGAGAGAGACCAGACUCUCACUCUGACAGCAGGAAGAAUCCUUCAGGGGAACCAGACCCAGAGACGCCCAAACCAGCGAGACAACAUCACUGCUCCCAGGGCAGAAAGAGUUUGACCAAGUUAGGGAACCUAAAAGAGCAUGAGAGAACACACACAAGAGAUAAGCAUUUUCAAUGUUCACAGUGUGGAAAGAGUUUUACCUGGAUAGGAAGCCUGAAAAGGCAUGAAGGAAUACACAUAGCAGGGAGUAAGACCUACCACUGCUCUCAUUGUGGAAAGAGUUUUACUCAGUUAGGGAGCCUGACAAUACAUAAGAGAAUACAUACAGGAGAGAAGCCUUUCCAAUGUUCUCACUGUGGAAAGAGUUUUACCCGAAUAGGGAGCCUGAAAAGGCAUGAAGGAAUACAUACAUCAGGGAGGAAGACCUACCACUGCUCUCAGUGUGGAAAGAGUUUUACUGAGUUAUGGAGCCUGAAAAAACAUGAGAGAAUACAUACAGGAGAGAAGCCUUUCAAAUGUUCCCAGUGUGGAAAGAGUUUUACCCAGAUAGGGAGCCUAAAAGUGCACGAGAGGACACACACAGGAGAACAACCUUUCCACUGUUCCCACUGUGAAAAGAGUUAUACCAGUUUAGGGAACCUGAAAAGGCAUGAAGGAAUACACACAGGAGAAAAGGCCUACCACUGCUACCAGUGUGGAAAGAGAUUUUUACGAUCACAGGACCUAAAAUCACACGAGAGGACACACCGAGGAGAAAAGCCUUACCACUGCUGUCAAUGUGGAAGGACUUUUACCAGUUUAGGGAACCUGAAAAGGCAUGAAGGAAUACACACAGGAGAAAAGCCCUACCUAUGCUCCCAGUGUGGAAAGAGAUUUUUACAAUCACAGGACUUAAAAUUGCAUGCAAGGACACACACAGGAGAAAAGCCCUACCACUGCUCCCACUGUGGAAAGAGGUUUACUCAGUUAGGGAGCCUGAAAAUACAUAAGAGAAUACACUCUGGCGAGAAGCCUUACCACUGCUCUCAUUGCGAAAAUACAUUUUCCCGGUCAGAGGACCUGAAAUCACAUGAGAGAAUAGAGAGGCUGUGUUCUGACUUAUGUUUUUGACUGAGAAUUUGUGUUUUUGUUUAGGCCACAAUAAAUCAUAUUGUUUAUAUAAAAUCAUACAAAAAAAUAGGCCUGUUUUUGUUUUUUUCAUCUCUAGACAUGAUCAUGUCUAUAAUUAGAUAAAAUAUUUUUAUAUGUGUAUUUUGUUUUAACUCUUUGUGUUGUCAUUAUAUUAUUUGGAUAUUGCAAAAAUGUAAAUGGUUGUAUACAGUAGAUGGAGUUUUGCAUUUAUUGAUUCUAACUUUGAAAAGGAAUUUGAUUAUGAUUUGGAUAUUGUUUCAUUGAGUUAAUUUGUGUACUAGUCGUCAAGCUAAAGGUGUAUGAAAAUGUGAGGUUGUGCAGUGCUAGCUGUGCCACUAGAGAUUCUGGGUUCGAGUCCAGGCUCUGUCGCAGCCGGCCGCGACAGGGAGACCCAUGGGGAGGUGCACAUUUGG